GUCACUAUCAUGACUUCUACCCGUUUUCGCCGCUUCAACUUGCGCACGUUUUAUUCCAUCAUACAUCUACGCAUUUGCUAACACCUCCUUUCUCACUAGGCUAUGGAUGGAGAACAAUGUGUGGGUGUUAUAAUAUGCAAAUUGGACAAACAUAGAGAAGCACUACGAGGAUAUAUUGCUAUGCUGGCCGUAGCGAAGGAGUAUCGUAAACGAAAAAUUGGAACCACCCUUGUGCAGAAGUCAAUACUAGCCAUGAAGGAGCAAAAUGCUGAUGAGGUCGUUCUGGAAACUGAAUAUACCAACGCAGGAGCGCUAAGUCUAUACCAACAUCUUGGUUUUAUUCGAGACAAGAGAUUGUAUCGGUACUAUCUUAACGGUGUAGAUGCUUUUCGUUUGAAGCUGUUUUGUCGCACCAUGGUAAAGAACUGAUUGGGCGGGCGGUAAAAAUUAGAAUUACGUGAACUGGCUAUUAGACCAAGCCACUUUUCAAUGCUUAUUCUCUCACGCUUCUUGUGGUAAUGGAAGAUUAUGAAGACCAUUCAGAAGAUAAUAAAAGAAAAAGAAUACGAGCGACUCAGGCCUGUAUACCUUGUCGUAAAAAGAAGGUGCGUCCCACCGCCAGCAGUCGACUUCAGCACCGGCUGGUAACUGCGGUAUUACAACUAAGCUGACCCAUUC